AUGGAAAAUAACUCUAAAAUACUGGGCAAGAGAAUUUUGUCCUCUUUAAGCAUUUCCACUAUAUUCAGUUAUUUUGAUGUAAAAGAAGUUAUCUAGUUCUAAUCACUCUCAAAAUAUCUAUAUCAAACAGGAGUUCCAAGAUCAAUCUUUGAAUGUCCUACCAUUUAUCUACAAAUAUGUGCAUUUGAUGAAACAUAUCAGAAUCUGACGGUGUAUGAUCCUGAGAUAUAGAUGGUACAAAGGUAUCCAUUGAAUAACGAUUUCAGGAGUGAAUUUCUAAAAGGAAUUGAUAUCUAUUCUAUCAACACAACCUAAAUGCCGAAUGGAAAAUUCUAUAUUGUAGUUUCACUCCAGAAAAAAUCAGGUAACAGGGAACUAAUGAUUCUAAGUCUGUCAAACAAAGAUAUGAUAAUUAAAAAGGAAUACACAGCAACAAAAAUCUUUCACAUAAAUGGAGCAGUAACUUCAUCCAUAAACAGUAUAUUUGUAUCUGGUAGCUAAGUCGGGAAGACCAAAUCUUGUUCACUUGUCCGUUUUCAAUCAGAUCAAGUAAUAGUAAAAAAUCUUCCUGAAUUGCAAUUUGGUCGAUAUAAUCAUUCGAUGACUAUUAAGAAUUAAAGAUAUCUAUAUGUUUUCGGAGGGACAUUCACAUAAGAUCACAUUUAUAGUAAUUCACCCAUCAUUGAAAGACUAGAUUUAACUCGUGGCAAGUAGUGGCACAUCAUUCAUUUGUAAUUCAGGCACUAAUUACAUCAUAUAACUACCAAUCUUAACUACACAUGCCUCGUGCCAUUCAAUCAAAAUGAGAUAUUAAUAUUUGGAAAAGACUAAGCCACCCAGAUGCCUGUAAGCAUUAUGUUUGAAGAAGAUACCUAACUGUGCAGGAAUUUAUAGUUCUUUAACAUUGAUUAGAGAUAUAUACCAAUUGCAACACAGAUGAGAUUUUUAGGAUCUUAGCCUUUGAUAUUUAAUGGAUUAUAGUAAGGACACUAAGAUAUGUAUUUAUUUGAUUAGAGAGUCGCUUAUCUCAUAAGAUUGAGUAUUAAAGGGUAAAAUGUCAGAAGCAGUAUUAUCAGUACUGCUGAUUCUUAAAAGAUAUUAUUUAACAGAACGAAAGGUGAGUGA